AUGAGUAAAGGUGGAAUGCAAGGAAGAUUUGGUCAACUUUCUGGAAGAGGAGGGCAAUACGAUGGCAGACAAGGAUCUAGAAAUGGAUCCAAGAGAAGAGGCGGAAGCACCAGAGACAAGUCCAAGAGAAAUAACCAGUCCAAGAGGAGAGAUGAUGAAGGUAAAUCAACCAUACCUCCGGAAGAUGUUAAACCAUUGGAGAAGUCUGCCAACCGGUGGGUUCCAAAACCUAAAACCCUGGAAGGCGAUCAAGUUAAUUUAGCUCCUGAUGGAGUGACUGUUAUUUUGAAUGAAGAAGAGGUGGAAAGAAAAGUGAAGAGAUCGUUGAACAAGUUAACCUUGGAAAUGUUCGAGCCUAUCACCGACGAUAUCUUGAAGAUUACUGAACAAAGUAGAUGGGAAGAUGAUGCAAAGACUGUCAAGCAGGUUAUCUCUUUGACGUUUGCAAAGGCUACUGAUGAACCUUAUUGGUCUUCCAUGUACGCCCAAUUCUGUGCCAAGAUGUGUAAAAUGAUACCCGAUGAUGUGAGUGUGAAGGAAACCACUAGAGAUGGCAAAGAAAUUGAGGUUUCUGGUGGUUCUUUAGCAAGAAGAUUAUUAUUGACCACUUGUCAACAAGAAUAUGAAAAGGGUUGGUCUGAUAAAGUUCCUUUCCAGUCUGAUGGUGCUCCAUUAGCCAUGAUGUCUGACGAAUAUUACGAGGCUGCCAAAGCCAAGAGAAGAGGUCUUGGAUUGGUCAAGUUCAUUGGUCAAUUGUACUUGUUGAAUAUGUUGACUGACAAGGUGGUGGUGUAUUGUUUGACUAACUUGAGUAAGAAUGUUGAAGACCCAUCGGAAGAUAGUUUGGAAAGUUUGGCUCAAUUAGUUACAGCUAUUGGACCCAAAUUUGAACAAAGUGAAAGAAACAGAAACCUCAUGCAAGUUGUGUUUGAGAAUAUUCAAAAGAUCUUGGACACCUUGAAAUUAUCAUCAAGAAUCAAGUUUAUGUUAAUGGACUUGAAAGAUUUAAGAAACGCAGGUUGGGUAUCAAGUAACACUGAUCAAGGGCCAAAGACAAUCAAAGAAAUUCAUGAUGAUGCUGAAAUUAAGAGGUUAGAAGAUGAAAAGGCUGCCAACGAAAGGAGAAGAAAAAAUAAAGGUGGUGAUUCAAGAUCAAAUUCUAGCAGAGCUGGCUCAAACUGGGGAUCCCAACCUAAAAGAGUGGAGUCCACUUCCAAAUUGACCCCUGUGAAGGAUUCCAAAGGAUUUACUGCUGUCUCUAGAUCUCAAUCGUCGAGACUUGGUGAAUCCAGUAAUUUGUCUCCAAGAGAAGGUUCCAAGAGAAGCGAAUCCCUCCAAUCAGCAACCAAUAUAUUUGCUGCCUUGGGAGGUGAGGAAGACCAUGAGCAUGAACCUGAACACGAGCAUGAAGAGGUUGCAACUAAUAAUUGA